UCCAAGAAAGUUGGCCACAAAGCGUGCAUAUGGCCGUUGCCGUUUUCCGAAAUCCUCCUGCUCCUUACGCGUUAGUUUCUUAGGCCGACCCCCCUCGAUAGUGCUUCGCAACCAGAUCUCGCGUCCGUUCCGCAAAGCGACUCAAUGCGCAUCGGUUCCGCGCCGCAUUUGAGUCGACCGAAGGGAUGCGAAGAACGACUGGCUAGUAGCUGGUUAGCGUUGAUUAGCUAGUAGCUGAUUAGCGUCGAUUAGCUAGUAGCUGGUUAGCGUCGAUUAGCUAGUAGUCGCGUACGCUUCGAAGUAGGAGCUCAUUGCCGUUCUUCGCGUGCGCUGAUUUAGCGUUGAACAACCAAAUUGCCUUCGUCAAUGCCGCGGCAUCGUCCAAUCAAAGGGAGAUGAGAUGAUUCCUUGGACUGCUUCACUGAUUCAGUGACUGAAUCUGACAGGGCGGCUCAGCUCCUCCGCUCUGCACAGUCCGUCUCUCUCCUGAAUAUCUAUCACUUUCCGGAGAACAGGGGGAAGAAUUUAUGGCGUUUCAAACCCGAGGGGGUGGUGAAGAUGCUGCGGAAGCUGAUUUCCCAGAGUCUAACCCUGCCGGUCUAGGUUCUGGUGUUGGUGCGGGUCGUGGUGCUGGUGGUGGUGCUGGUGGUGCUGGUUUUGGUGCUGGUGGUGGUGUGGGAGGGGCGGAGGAAGGGGGGGAUGAGGAUUUCCUGAGUGCCUCGAUAGAAAGUGACUCGGUACUGUUGAGGAGGAUUUGGCAGAACGAGAAAGCAGCGCCGGAUAUUCUUCAGUAUGAAACUGAAUUGGUGGAGCGGACUAAAACGAGGAUAGAAGAGCUGGAAGAGGUCAUUGACCUGCUGAAAGCGGACGGCCGCAAGGCCAUGGAGCGGGAAUUGCACACUAUGGACGUCGACAGAACCAAGUACCUCCUUAGAGCGUACCUUAGGUGCCGGCUGCAAAAGAUCGACCGGUUCUUCCUGCACUUGGCCAGCGACAGCGACUACUACAGCCGACUGUCAGAUGGGGAGCAGCGCUACUGCGACAGGCAGGUAGACCUGGUGCAGGCUCAUAUGGAAAAAGCCGUUCUCUUACGCCUGCCACGCCGCUACCAGUCCAUGCUGAAGCAGGCGGACUCCAGUGAAGCCCCGGAUAUGAUUCCCACUCCUGACUUGGACACGUUUGUCUUCUGUGUGGCCACCCGCCCUCUGCAGUCUGUUCAGCUGGACCCCCAGCUGGAUGACGUCAUCGGCAUGGCCCCUGGGGAGCUCCACAUACUUCGUUAUCGCCCAAUUCGCUCUCUUGUUGAGUCUGGUGCCUUGAUGCUGCUGUAACAGAGGGUGUGUUCGAUAAAUUGGUGCCCGAAUUAUGUUCCGAAUGUCCCCAAUUCACCUGAAGUGCAAAAACUAGUUGUAUAUAAUCAUGACGAAGUUGAUUCUGCUAUAA